AGAAACGACAGCAAUUAUUCAAUGCAAUGUUUGCGGAAACUUAUGCGCAGAGUGCGAUAGAAUUUUACAUUUGCACAGAAGAACGCGAAUGCACAUGAGACAAGUUUGUAAGGAAGAAGAGGAAGCAAUACGCGUGGAUCUCCACGAAGGUUGUGGACGAACGAAACUGUUCUGGAUUCUCGCUCUUGCCGAUAGCAGAACGUUAAAAGCAUUAGUAGAAUUUCGUGACGGAUCACCGAGGAAACCCGUUGGUGCAACGUCUGGGAUCUGCAGAUUUUGCGGUACCACUGGUAAUACAGGUCUGUUGGCGGUGGGGAAUAUUUGUGCGGAUCACGAUUGCCAGGAGCACGGUAAAAACGCGUGCAGUAAAGUGCACCCAUGCGGGCAUAUCUGCGGAGGAGUCCGAAACGAGAAAACUUGUCUACCCUGUCUACAUAGAUGUCUUCCGGGUAGCAAUUUGAAACAAGACGCUGAUGACAUGUGCAUGAUUUGCUUCACGGAAGCUCUGUCGGCUGCGCCUGCGAUUCAGUUGCAGUGCGGACACGUUUUCCAUCUGCAUUGCUGCAGACACGUUCUGAUGAAGAGAUGGGUAGGACCUAGGAUAACUUUCGGGUUUUCUCUUUGUCCUAUUUGUAAAGUACCCAUGGAACAUCCUACUCUAGCCGAUCAAUUGAUCAGCAUAAAAGAACUUUAUGAAGACGUCAGGAGAAAGGCCUUAAUGCGAUUGGAAUACGAAGGCUUGCACAAAGCUGAAGCAGCUUUUGGAGCGAGUGGAAGAUACCAUCAAGAUCCUGCUGCAUACGCAAUGGAACGAUACGCGUAUUACGUUUGUUACAAAUGUCAGAAGGCCUAUUAUGGUGGUGAAGCACGUUGUGACGCACAAGUAGGCGGAGAGACGUUCGAUCCUACAGAAUUAGUCUGCGGAGGUUGCAGCGACGUGGCAAGGGCUCAGAUGUGUCCGAAGCACGGGGCAGACUUCCUAGAGUACAAGUGUCGUUAUUGUUGCUCAGUGGCAGUCUUCUUUUGCUUUGGGACUACACACUUCUGUAAACCCUGCCACGACGACUUCCAUCGAGUCACCACCAUCCCGAAGGGCGAACUGCCUUCGUGUCCUGCAGGACCUAAAGCAAAACAACUUGAAGGGGACGAGUGCCCGCUACAUGUAAAACAUCCGUCGACUGGAGAAGAAUUCGCACUUGGUUGCGGUAUUUGCCGUAAUCCGCAUACUUUUUAAAACAUAGAAAUAACUUAAUGCGAGAUAUAAUUCUCUCAUUGUCUCUUCGGGAUGACAGAAUUGGUAACUCUUGUUGAAUCUUAUCAAUGCAAGUAUACUAACAUGAGUAAGUGGAUAUAUAGUUCGAUACAACCAUCCUCACACAACUGAAUACGUGGUUUGAAGUGCUAUGUGUAUAUCGACAUUCAAGAAUUCUUAUAAUGAUCAUACAGUGGAAUUGAUGCAAUAUGGAAGAUGCAAGAGGAAUCAAAUAAACAGAACUAGCAGAAUAACUAUGAUCACGAAUCAGAUUCUGAUGAUGCGUGAAGCUAUAAUACUUGUUAAGUAUUGCAUAAGUCGUUUUUAUUGGUAAUUCUGGAGAUUACCGAAACGCGUAGAUAAAUGAGAAUGAAAGCUCUACGUAUAUUAAACUUCCAUGCAGAAAAGAGAAAAGAAGAAAAAAUGAGAGCUUACACGUGCAUAAGUCAUACAAAGCGUAGUGAUUUUUGGUAAAAUAUUGUAGAGUAUAAGCGAUUAAUAUAAUUCUCUAGGCUAUUUAAGAAAUAUUUAAUUAUUAUCGACAAUGAUCCUAAUAAAUUAUAUACGUAGGUAAAUUAUGUAUGUGAAUGAAGUGUGUUAUUUAAAAAUGUGAAUUACAUUAUGAUGGAUACAUAGAUUAAAGAAAAACGAAAUCGAAUUCCAAAUGGAUGUUUAUGAUCCGUAUUAUAUAUAUAAUACGAAUUUGCAUUCGCAUUAUAACAUUCAGUAUAGUCAUACAUUGCAUUUCUCGUCACUUAAUCACUUUUAUUUGUUUUUCUACUUUUCCAAAGGGAUAGUCUGCGCGCUAUCAUGCCUUUGACGUUACGUAUUUAUUUAUCGGUGUAAUUGCCUUGUAUGUAUUAAGUAUGUAUAUUACGAGCGUUGUUUGUGAAACGAUAGAGUCAUUGUUUAUAUAUAUUCGUAUACGAAUGAGAUAGCGUGUGAAGAAUAAUCGCGAACAUUGAACGCAGAUUGUUAUUAUUUGUGUCUUGAUCUAGUGCAGAUUAAAUGAAAGUAAUGAUUGCGAAAAAAUAUGUCUACGACUUACCUCUAUAGCUGGUUUUCCUGUAGUAUUCUUGGCACUCCCACUGUGUGAAUGACACUUGUUUGUUUCUAUGAUAUUAUAAAACGAACCGAAUAAUGAGCGCGCGCACUAAUUA